AUGGCUCCAGAUAUGGAAGUUAUUGGUGCGAAGCGCGCAAUAACGGAUUUAUCCAGUGGCAUAAGAUUAGGAGAAAAAACAUGCGGAAUAUUUAUGAAAACCAUUUGUGUUACAGUUGAAAUUGAAUUAGGUGAUCGUGAUAUUGUGAAUUAUUCAGUUUGCUCAACACCUAUUACAGACUUUUUUACAACUUUGCCAAUUACGGACAUAAAAUCUCUUUCUAAGUCGACGUCGCAAUCAUCAAAGAAAAUACCUUCAGUAACCAAGCCUUUCCGUCAACCUCUUAUAGAUUCUACAAGAAAUCUUCCAUUACAUUCCAAUGUAUAUGCAUAUAAACCUGAAACGCAAAUUCAACAAUAUAAAAGUACCACAACUAUAAAGAAUUAUUAUAUCAAUGCUGAAAAAGUUAUUAUUAAUUAA